UCUUGCGACCGGAAACGUAUACUGAACAUCAUAUGACAAGACUAAGAAAACUCAGAAAAACAAUACAAUGUCUGAUACGGGUUUAGCUUUGGGUGUAAUUAGUGCCAUUUGGGCUUUUAUUGGUAUUAUUUUACCAAUAAUAAUUCAUUUCGUGAUGGCUAAAUCUCCAAAUCGAGGCAUUGUACAGAUCUGUCUCAUACUGACUGCAGUAUGCUGUUUUAUUUUUUGGAUUGUGACAUACAUUGCACAGUUGAACCCUCUGAUUGGACCACAGUUAAAACUAGGGGUGAUAAAAAUGAUGCUUUUGGAGUGGUAACUGAGGCACUGAAAGAAUCACCUCAAUCAAUCAAUGUGAUAAAUUUAAAGGAUUGGCUUAAAAUAAUCAAGAUGUUUCAUGUUAUAUAAUUUAGUUUUAAACUCUUUUUUUUUGUUGUAAAUUUCUGCCCAAAAAGUCUUGUGCACCAUCAAUGGAAAUUUUGCUGAUGCAUUUGAUUCAUGUAUCUUACUUCAAUUUUCAUAAAGCAAAUAGGCCUACCUACACAAAUUUGAGGGCAAUGGUUAAAUAAGUUGUAAUAGUUUUUUAUUAUGUAUUUGUUAAUAUAAUGUUAGUCUGUAUGUUAACAGAUUGCAUUUAGUUCCCAUUGUUUCAACUGAUCUGAAUGAAACUUUGACACUUAAAAAACGAAUGAUUUUAGCUGUUGUGGUUGUCAUACUUUUUUUGUCUUAAAGUUAAGAGUUAUUUCUCUGAAAUGUUUUGUUAGCUGAAAAUCUGGCUUUUUAUUUCAUCAUUGUGUAAAUUUGUAAGUUUUUGAUUAUUUGCUAAAGAAUAGAAAAAUCACUGUUUAGACCUACUGUAUAUACUAUUAGUUCUAUGUUAUCUCUCUCUCUCUCAAUCAUUACAAAUUACAUUAUCUUUUAAAAAGGCAACAUGACACUUGUGCAUACAGUCAGUUUAUAAUUCUUUGAAAGCUUCCUACUAUGUGAUUUGAACUAUAAUUUAAAUCUACUUCAUGAAGUUGCAGGACUAAUGUACUUCAAUUUUAAAUAAGACAUGCUUUUUUUUGGUCGAUCUAGUUACUUACUCACAGGAUUCAUGUAGUUGAAUAUAUUAUAGGCUGUGUAUUUUCCUACAAAAAUAUACUUUUUAAAAAAUAUUUUCCUUUUACUCAGAUUUAGGGUGUUCUUAUGGUUUAUAUUUGAUCCCUGAUAGCAUUGUCAUUAUAUCAAUGGAUCUUUAUCAUUCUGUAGAUUUAGCAAAGUUAUUGUCAUUCCAAACAUGUACAUAUGUUACUAAUUUUGUCUUCAUAGAAAAUUCUGUAAUAUACUUUUAUUUAUCAGACCAGUAAAUAAUAAAUCUUAAAAUUAUUUGUUGCUUUAUUUUUUUACUUCAGUUAACUAAAUUUAUUAAUCAAAUGAAGCAACUGGAAUUGUGAUUCUAUGUCAAUACCCUUAUCACUUCUUCGCAUUAUGGUUGUGUUUUACAUCUUUUCCACGUUUGUCAUUAGUCAACUGUU